UCACCAUCUCCUUUCUAAAAGAAACUAUUCUUCUCUGUGUCUGUGUGUGACUAGGGAGAUGAUAAUGGAGAUUUCGAGUCAUUACAACGAGAGAUUUCAGGAUUAAGAGAAGAAUUACGUGCUGUGAAAGCGUACUGUCAGCAACCUAAGAGUUCCAUUUGCAAAAAGCCUGAAUCUACACUGGUUGUGGGAAAAAGUGGCGCCUACCUCAUCCGUGGCUUCUCAAAUUUUGCAAGGAACUGCUUCUUCAAUGCAGUUGUUCAAGUGUUAUUGUGCAUUGCACCUUUACGUGUUCCAUUCAUGAAACUGAAUCAGUAUGAUAGACGUCUUACUAGAGCAGUAAAGGAUCUCUUCAUCAAAACAAGUCUCCCCUCCGUCUCAGAUUGUAACACAGCUUUUGGAAACUUGUAUGUAUGUUUUUGUGCCAAAGCCCCCCCCAAUUUCAGUGAUGGUCGGGAUCAAGACACCCACGAAUUCUUGCUUUGCUUACUUCAACUACUGCAAGAGGAAGAAGCAAAGUCGGCUCGGAACUUUCCUAAUUCACCUCCUUUCUUGGUGAAUUCAAUCUUUGGAGGCCGGUUUUUGAAUACCACAUCUUGUAAUUACACUAAAUGUGAGUACCCUAAUGAAGAGGGCCAACCUUUUCUACAGAUGCUACUACCAAUCCCUGUUACUGGUGAUUCGAGUCGUGCUUCCAUGGUUGGCAAUACGGGUUCAGAAGUGUCCUUAACUACUUGCUUAGACCAAUAUAUACAGUUGGAAUUUAUCCCUGAUUGGCGCUGCACUCGUUGUGGUUACAUGGGUGGGAAUUAUAGAACUCGAGUUAUUCGUGCUCCUUUGAUUUUAACAAUUAGCUUCGGAAGGUUUAACGCAAAGAAUGAGAAGAUCAAUGAUUAUGUUCUCUUUGAGGAGACUUUUGAUCUACAACCAUACACGGACCCCAGGUUUGUCGCGAGUGAUAAGCUUGAAUAUCACCUGAUCGGUGUUGUGGUGCACGAGGGAUCAGUGGAUACAGGCCACUGUUUUGCGUAUGUGAGAGGCGAUAAAAGUGUUGGUAGUGAAGAAGAUAACAAAGAUUUCACCUGGUAUUGUUUAAAUGAUAGCGUUGUUCAUGAAGUUUCCUUACAACAGGUCCUUGAGUCACAAGCGUAUAUGUUGUUUUAUGAAAAAAAGGAUUCACCUGUUAAACAAGGCUUGGGUUAUGCUACGACCAGUUCCGCACUUGGUCCUCCAGCUACACCUAGUGGGUACUAUGAAAACCGUUCAGAGCCAGGCCUUGGCAACUACCGCACUGCGUCCAUCAGUAACCAUGGAUCUUCAAAACAAAGGCAUCGACGUUCGAUAUCAAGCACAUCUGGGUCUGAUAUUGUUUAUGGGAGGAUUUGAAAUGGAAUGUUUGGGCUAGAUGGAGAUCCGACCAAGGAAGUGAGGACGAAUAAGUUACUGCUGAGAAGAUGAGUAGAAGUGACAGGUCUACCUUUAAUAGCAUGUGUUGAUGCAGCAUUACUUUUUCUUGGUAAAUCGAUGUUGUUUUUUUGAAUUGAAACUGAUUUUUGUACUUAAGUGUGUAAUACCAGGAGUGAAAAAGCAUUGGAUUGGGGUGACUUUGUUGAAUUCCUAGAUGUCCCUAACAAUUGAAACUUAGUAAUUAAAUAGAAAAAAAGAGGGUCAUGCAUGCUUGGUUGA